AUGGCACGAAAAAGGAGAAAGGUAGCGAGGAAAAUAUCGAGGAGAAAGGCUGGGAAAGUAAAGCCGAUGAAAAUUGCUGCGCUGAUCGUGUCUGCUAUACAGGAUCUUCGUGAAACCAGGGGUUCGACGCCUAACAAGAUCAUAGGUUACAUAAGUUAUGCAUCCAAUAUGGCCGAGGGACGCGUUAAACGACAAGUAAAGGCAGCCUUGCGGAGAGGCGUGGAGUACGGCAUACUAAGAAGAAACCGGGGUCAUUAUUUCCUCCCCACGGGUGACGAAUUAGACCGUGCGAAUCGUGUCGCUUUGAGAUUUGCCAAAUUGCCGUUACCACCGUCGUAUUCCACGAAAUCGAACACGAUUCCUUCCCGCAAAAUCGCACCUCUCGGAUGUCGCGGAAACUCGACGAGGUUCACUGCGAAAUCACGAAAAACGAAACAAUACAGACAGCAUCGUUCAACUUUGAUCUCUCCCACGGUCAGCUUGGUGGAGACUAUUUACAAAAAUGGUGUCCUGUGA